AUGGCACCUAGUAAGCAAUGGAUGGAACUUGUUGACAAUCGACUUGAUGAAGUGUAUUUAGCCAGUGUGCAAAAGUUUUUAGAUUAUGCCUUUCAAAGAACAGGAGAAGAACAUGAAAUACGAUGUCCAUCUGUCAAAUGUUUCAAUACAAUUCUAGGAACUCAUAAAUUAGUUGAGACACAUUUGCUAGUGUAUGGUAUAAUUCGAAACUAUACUUUCUGGUAUCACCAUGGAGAACGUUUGGGUGAGCCAUUGACUGAAUAUGAAUCUGAAGAUGAAGAUGGUGAUAUAGUAGAAGAAUGUGAGAGUGAGGAUGAAGUAGAAGAAUUGUUGAGAGAACUAUAUCAUAAUCUUGACGGAGGAAGUACACACACAGAUUGUGAUGAUUUACUUGAGGAACCAAAUGUUGAAGCAAUUUUUUUUUACAGCCUAUUAAAGGAUUUCGAGAAGCCGCUGUACAAAAAUUCAAAAUCUUCAAAGCUUUCUUCUUUGAUCAAAUUGCUUCAUAUUAAAAGUAUUGGUCGUUGGAGUAAUGCGUCAUUUACAAUGAUAUUGAAACUAUUAAAAGAUGAGUUGUUAUCUGAUGACGCUGAUUUGCCAAACUCAUAUUAUGAGGUAAAAAAGAUAAUUCAAGAACUUAGACUUUCUUAUAAUAAGAUUGAUGCUUGUACUAACGAUUGCAUGUUAUACUGGAAAGAGGAUAGCUUACUCGAUUCUUGUAAAAUUUGUGGUGCAUCGAGAUGGAGAAUUAAUACACAUAAUGGGGAAACAAAGAAUAAGAAAGGUAAAAAGAUAGCUUCAAAGAGCUUACGCUAUUUUCCCUUAAAUCCUAGACUUCAGAGGUUGUUUAUGUCUACAAAGACAUCUACUCUAAUGACAUGGCACAAGGAUGAAAGAGUUGAUGAUGGAAUAAUGAGGCACCCGGCUGAUUCAAUGGCAUGGAAGUCAUUUGAUGAACUUCAUCCUUCAUUUGCAGUUGACCCUCGUAAUGUUUGA